GGCAUGGGAGGGCAAAUUGAAUCCUAUUUUGGAAUGUGGGUUAAUCCCGAUUUAGAAAGUGGACACAGUAAGGCCCAUCCCACGUGUUCGACAUAUGGAAGUCCGCGGCUAUCCAAAAUGGAGGAUUAUAAGAUAGAUUACUGCGAGGUCUGGCGUGUGGGUCCCAUACCAGAGCGAGAGGAAGUAAGGAAAGGAGCUGGUGCAUUGGCGGAU